UACAAUCCUACGAGUGAACAUUUACCGAUGUAUUGAUGAGGAAGAGAAAUGAGAGAAUGAGGAGACAGAAUUAGCUGCAAUAUGUUUUUAAAAAACACAAGGUAAAAAAAAACAUGCAUUAAAAAAUUUUAUACAGCUUUAAAUCGACAGGGACGCUAAAAUGAAUUCUUCAAAAUUCUUAAGCAAAGACGACUUGUUUGCCGAUGUGAAGGUACCGAAUGACUCGAAAUUGAAAGAGAUAGAACAGAAUUUCAAUGACAGUGAAUGGCUCAAUAAAUCUAAUCCAUGUGGUGUUAAUACAACAGGAUGGCUUCUGCUGGAACCAAUCUGUUCAACUCGUUACGAUUCCUUUGUUGUUCUUUUAGCUGUAGCGAUAAUUCUGGGAUUUAUAAUAGUGCUGACAAUAUUCGGCAAUUUCAUGGUGCUUCUAGCUUUGUACAAAUACAAAGGAUUAAGAACUUUAUCGAACUGCUUGAUAGGUAAUCUAGCGAUAAGUGACUUCUUGUUAUCUGUCACAGUACUUCCAAUCUCAGCAAGCUACGAUGUCCUCGGCUACUGGGUGUUUGGAAACAUUACUUGCAUGUUAUGGUUGUGCAUAGAUGUUUUGUAUUGUACUGCUUCUAUUUGGGGACUGUGUACAAUUGCUGUCGAUAGAUACACAGCCACUGUUUACCCGAUAUGGUACCAAACACAAGACACUUCAAAGCGAGCCAUAUUUUACAUCAUAACCGUUUGGCUCUUUUCUAUUGUAAUCUCAAUUGCACCUUUCAUCGGCUGGCGCCAUAUGCUAACAACAUUUUUCCAGUUCAAUACCUUAAUCAAAGCUCACGACUGUAUCUUGUUCAUGACACAGAGUUUUGUACUCUACUCAGCAUUUGGUUCUUUUAUAAUACCAAUGUUUUUGAUGUUUUUCAUUUAUGUGCGUAUUUUUAUGGAACUACGAAAACGGUCAAAGGCACGACAAGCAAAAAUCCAGGGCCAGACCCAGUUCAAAAACUCAAAAGAGAAAUCUACCGUGUCUUCACCGAAAACAGAAGAAACGUUUGAAAUGCAUCCAUUGGAGAAACAGACGACCAAUGGCAACAUGUGGCCGACUGACAACCGUCAGAGCAGUCAGUUGUUGUCCAUUGAAACUGAUGAAUCUGCUUUGACCGAUGAUGACCACGCAGAUAAAACUGCAACUUUGGUGAUGUCGUCAGAGAGUGAUACGACAAGUAAUGCCAAACUGGAAGGUCAGCUUCUGAAGUGUGCACCAGAGACAACCGACUCGGAAAGAGAGCUGCUCAUGGUCACAUCGACUUCCCACAGCGACUCGGAGAAGGAAAACUGCACCGCUGCAGCGCCUGCAGCAGAUUCGAAAGCAGCACUGGAGAAAUCCGAGGAAUCGGCCAAUGCUAAAGCUUCCAAGACCAUGCGCCAGAGAGCCAUCAACAUCAUCAGUGAGUUCUCAAAGAAUGAUUCUAAGUCCCGCAAGGGAAAACACAGGGUUCACACUCUACAGAAAAUGCCAGAAAAGUCGACAAAGCCGGCGCUGAUGAAUGCCAAUGUCAAACGUCGAUUUGAGCAGCGAGAACAGCGAGCAACGAAGAGAAUGGCACUUAUCAUGGCCAUUUUCUGCCUCUGUUGGAUGCCGUUCACCUUUAUGUAUGUAAUUCGUAGUUUCUGCUCAAACUGUGGAAUCAAUCCACAUUUGCAAUCUUUUAUCAUUUGGCUCGGUUACGUCAAUUCAACCCUAAACCCAUUACUCUACACAAUAUUCAAUGAGGAUUUCCGUAAAGCUUUCAUACACAUCAUUUUAUGUCGGAAAGUCACAGCAAAGUUCUGAUCACUAAUUCUUCUUUAUAAAAACUACAUGGGAAAUACCUUUAGAAAAGAAAAAAAAAAAAUAGUCUGAAAUGUUCCUAGAUUAGGCUUAUCAAAAGAGAAAGGAACACACCAUGUCAUACAAUUGUCCCAUUGAAUAGAAAUUGUAAAGAAAAAUAUUAAUAAUAAUAAUAAUAAUAAUAAUAAUAUUUGCAAAAAAAAAAAAUUAAAUUGUGUAAAUUUUUUUUUUCUAUUAUUUGGUGAAACUGAUUGUUUUCUAAUGCUAAAAUUAAAUCAAUUUUUAUGUUUUUAUCCAUGAUAUGGGGAAACAAUUAAAAAUGUUUUCAGACGCAUUCUUCUUUAAUAAUAAAAAAAUAAAUUUUGCAUCUAUGAGUGAAAAUAUGUGCAUGUGUACAUGUGUGAAUGUGUGUGUGUGUGUGUGUGUUGUGUGUGAAUGUGUGUGUGUGUUUG